AUGUCUGAAACCGAACCCCGACCAACCGCAUCGCAAAGCCAGAAUCGUGGUGGUGGUCGACGGCGUGGCCGGGGUGGAUCCCACCAGGGAGGUCAAGGGGAAGCACCGCAACGCGCGACCGAUGGAGGCGGAAGGGGUUCAAGAGGCCGAGGAUUCGGGACUAGACGCGGCGCCGGAGGACGUGAUAAGCAAAGUCGCAAUGCCAACAGUUCUCGCGUCCCUGACGAGAGCGGCCCCCCAGCGGGUGCGGAAGCUGCUUCAGAAGGCGCUGCUGAGCUGAGUGAAACUAAAAGCAAGUUAAUACCGGCACCCGCGACAGACGACGCGGAUGAUGGCGAGGUCUGCUUCAUUUGUGCGUCAAAUGUCGCGCACACCUCGGUUUCGCCGUGCAACCACCGGACUUGUCAUAUCUGCGCUCUCAGGCUGCGGGCUCUGUACAAGAACAAAGCUUGUGCGCAUUGUCGUACCGAGUCGAACUACGUUAUCUUCACAGACGACCCCACAAAGCGAUUUGAGGAUUUCACAGACAGUGAUUUCUCCCAGAAAGACGAGAAUCUAGGUAUCGAGUAUGAGAACAAUGACAUCUUUGAGGACACUGUUCUGCUGCUACGGUACAAUUGUCCCGAUAAUAACUGUGAUGUGGCUUGCUUGGGUUGGCCUGACUUGCAUCGUCAUGUCAAGAGUAAGCACGGCAAGGUGAUGUGCGAUCUUUGCACUCGGAACAAGAAGGUCUUUACACAUGAGCACGAGCUGUUUACCAUGGCAGAACUGCGCAAGCACGAAAAAUACGGCGAUGAUGUCCCCGGGGCUCUGGACCAAAGUGGUUUCAAAGGACAUCCUGAGUGUGGAUUCUGCCACAAGAGAUUCUAUGGCGAUGACGAACUGUAUGCACACUGUCGCGACCGCCACGAAAGAUGCCAUAUUUGUGAUCGUCGCUCGGUGAAUCGACAGCAGCAGUAUUACAUUGACUACAACGCCCUCGAGGAUCACUUCCAGCGGGAUCACUUCCUUUGCUUGGAUAAGGAGUGUCUGGAGAAGAAGUUUGUUGUUUUCGAGUCUCAGAUGGAUCUGAAGGCCCACCAGCUUGAAUGCCACCCGAAUGGGCUCUCUAAGGACGCCAGACGAGACGCACGGCUGGUGGACUUGUCGGACUUUGAUCUUAGGACGCCAUAUCAGUCUCAGAGGCCACGCCGUGGCGCUGGCCGAGGCCGAGACCCGAACGCAGAUCCCUUACCUGUAUCGAGUGCUCAGCCGCUGCGGCGAGAUGAAAUUGCAUACCAGCGACAAAUGGCCAUUCAGAGCGCGCAGUCUGUCUCCACGAGGAGUUUUGGGGGCCAGCUUACGCGAAACGACACUCAGACUGUUCAGGCUCCCGCUAGAUCCGGUGUUGCUACCCCUGUCCAAACGCCUCCCACCGCUGGUGCUCCGGUUCAAGAGAUGGACGCUCUCAAUAUUGGUGCUCCUUCGGGGCCUGCUACUCCUCAAGACCAGGCACGCCGCUUGCGACAUACUGCUGUGAUUGAGCGCGCCUCCAAUCUUCUGCGGAAUGAUGCAAACAAGGUUGCGGACUUUCGCGCCAAAGUCUCCCAAUACCGCACUUCUAAGAUUUCGGCCACCGCACUUAUUGAUGCAUUCUUUUCGUUGUUUGACACCUCAAGCACCGAAUUAGGGAAGCUCGUCAAAGAGCUUGCCGAGAUAUAUGAGGAGGAUGCCAAAAGGAACGAAUUGCUGAAGGCCUGGAAUGACUGGCGUGCAAUCAAUGAAGACUACCCGGCCUUACCAGGACCAGGCGGUCUCAUUCCAGGCAUGUCCCCUGGCACUACGAGCGGGGGCGGAGGCGGAGGAAAGCGUGUUCUCCGACUCAAAUCGUCAACAGCGCAGUCAUCUCGAUCUGCAGUUGGCAGAAGCGGCUAUCUCCCUUCGUCAUCCUCAUCAUCGUCCACCAAUCCUUUCCCACCCCUCUCUGCUGCUACAGCCCGCUCAGCUCCCAGAUCGACUGCGUCUGCUACUCCAUGGGCCGCAGCAGCACCCCCGCCUCCUCGAUCCAUGGCAAGCACCAUCAAUCCCUCUUCCCGUCCAACCCCGAGCUCCUCACGUGCACCAGCGAACACAAACAAUGCAGAAGCCUUCCCUGCUCUUCCUACAGCGCCUAAGCCUAACGUCCUCAUGGCUGGCCUUACCCGCGGAACUGUCCGCUGGGACGACCGCCGUGCGUCACCAGCCAAUGCCUGGUCUGGAUCCUCCGGCAGCGCCACUCCGACCAACGGUUUUGAUGACGAUUUCGGGGAGUCUUCGGCAGGUGGAGGAAAGAAAGGGAAAGGCAAAAAGGGCAAGCAGACACUAUUCCAUUUUGGAUAA